AUGGCCAAGGAGUACAGUGGAUCCGCUAAGUUUAAUCAGCUGGAAUCCAAGAGGUCGCGUUUAACUUGGAUCAUAGGUAUUAGUGGCCUCUGCGUUCUGAGCUACACUCUUGGAGCUUGGCAGAAUACAAUUCUUGCUCCGUCCAGCCGAUCUGAGGUCUUUAACAGAGAUGAUGGAUCCUCUGCAGGCGGCAAAGACCAUUCCACUGUCAUUGCGUCGCUAUCAUCAUCCUCAUCCUCAGCCUCGUCCUCGUCCUCAUCCUCAUCCUCACUCCACUUGGACUUUGGAAGCCAUCAUGAGUUGGUGGUUAACAUUUCUGAGGAUUCCCAUGAAUUCAAACCAUGUGGUUUGAACUACAGUGAAUACACACCGUGCCAAGAUCCAUUUAGGAGUAAGAAAUUUGACCUCAAAAUGUUGAAAUACAGGGAGAGGCAUUGCCCUUCCAAGAAGGAGCUCGUCCGCUGCCUCAUACCUGCUCCGCCAAAAUACAAGACCCCUUUCAGAUGGCCUCAGAGUAGGGACUAUGCAUGGUAUGACAAUAUCCCCCACAAAGAGCUUAGCAUUGAGAAGGCCGUGCAGAAUUGGAUCCAAGUGGAGGGUAACCGAUUCAGAUUCCCCGGGGGAGGCACCAUGUUCCCUGAUGGCGCUGGUGUUUAUAUUGACGACAUUGCUAAGCUCAUUCCUCUUAAUGAUGGGAACAUCCGGACAGCACUCGAUACAGGCUGUGGAGUUGCAAGUUGGGGUGCUUACCUGCUAAAUAGGGACAUCCUGACGAUGUCUUUUGCACCAAGAGACUCUCAUGAAGCGCAGGUUCAGUUUGCAUUAGAGCGGGGUGUUCCUGCUAUGAUUGGCAUCAUGUCUUCACAGAGACUUCCUUACCCUGCAAGGGCUUUUGAUAUGGCUCAUUGUUCCCGUUGCCUCAUCCCUUGGCAAGAAUAUGAUGGAAUGUAUCUAAUUGAAGUGGACAGAGUUUUGAGGCCCGGUGGUUAUUGGAUACUCUCUGGCCCUCCUAUUCGCUGGAAGAAAUACUGGCAAGGUUGGGAAAGAACCAAAGAAGAUUUGAAACAAGAGCAGGAUGCUAUAGAGAAUGUCAUCAAGCGUUUGUGCUGGAAGAAAGUGGUUGAAAAGGAUGAUCUUGCAGUGUGGCAAAAGCCCAGCAACCACUUUGAGUGCGUGAAGAGCAAGGAUAGUUAUCCUAUGUGCAAACCAGACCAUGCUGAUGCAGCUUGGUACAAAGAGAUGGAAACUUGCACCACCCCACUGCCAGAGGUAAGCAGCCCAGAUGAAGUUGCAGGCGGUGCAUUGGUGAAGUGGCCUGAACGUGCGUUUGCCAUUCCUCCCAGAAUAAGCUGUGGUUCAGUGCCUGGCAUCACCCCAGAGAAAUUCAAACAGGAUAUUGAGACGUGGAAGGAGAGGGAGGCAUAUUACUCACGUCUUAUUGUUCUCUUACCCAAAGGAAGAUAUCGGAAUGUAAUGGAAAUGAAUGCAUACCUAGGUGGAUUAGCAGCAUCCAUGUCGAAAUAUCCACUGUGGGUAAUGAAUGUUGUCCCUUCUAAUUCCGAUCAUGACACUCUAGGUGUGAUCCAUGAACGUGGUUUCAUCGGGACGUACCAUGAUUGGUGCGAGGCAUUCUCAACUUAUCCACGAACAUAUGAUCUCAUCCAUGCUAGUGGUGUCUUCAGUAUGUAUAAGAACAGGUGCGACAUUUCCUACAUUCUUUUGGAGAUGGACAGAAUCCUGCGGCCAGAAGGGGCUGUUAUAAUCAGAGAUGUGGUAGAGGACCUUGUGAAGGUUAAAAGUAUAACAGAUGGAAUGAGAUGGAAAGGCCAGAUCAUGGACCAUGAAAAUGGACCAUUUAAUCCUGAGAAAGUUCUUAUUGCUGUCAAAAGUUAUUGGACUGCUGAAGCUAAAAACGGAUAAUAGUACCUUUCUUUUAGGGGAGCCUAGAUGGUAUAAGCUCUGCUUCCCAAAGGGGAGGUUGAGUGUUCCAGCCCCAUUAGGGGCAAAGUAAUAGUGAGUGUGUGUGCGUCUACUUGAAUUUCCGGAAAGAAAAAAAAGAGUGUGGUUUUGUUUUUAUAAUGUUCAUACUUUAGUGGUGAUUUAUUUCCUCUAUAUAUAUCUUAUUGUUAUUUUCAGUAUAUUCAUUGAGUCUGGGUAGUGGGUAAGGCUGGAUGUGAUAGUCAAUGUUUGUAGAGGUAGGCUCUCAGGUUCCAGCCAUUGCUGCUGUUCUUAUGGUAGAGAUCAAUUGAAUUAUAUUACAUUUGAAAGGUGAAGGCUCAAUCCUCAGCUUACAAUCCGAAUCUAAGCUAGGACUUAUCCUCUCCAGUUGAUCUACAAUGUGCUUUUCUUGCUCAUUUCUGGUCACCAUUGCCUUGGUGUAGCAGAAAUUUUGUGGCCAGUAUGUGUAAAUUUACGCUGAAUUUCAAAUUUCAAAUCAUCAUUUGAAACUUGAAUAAUCUACAUUUCCU